AUGGCAUCGCCUUUAGCAACAACAGUAGAUCUACCAUCAUCAUCCACCACCCGAGCUGUACGUGUAAGUGACAUUCCGCUUCUAGAUCUUGUUGAAACAUCAAACUUCAUCACUUGUCAAGUUCCCGAGCCAUUUGAUGAUGCUACAUUCACCAAUACAGAACUGCUGGAAUAUACGGAUUCGUUAGGUGAACCGAUUGAUAUAGCCGUUGGGCAAACGUUUAAGGACAAGAAUCGGUGCCAGUAUGUUUUGAGCCACUUUGCAAUUCGCAAUAAGUUUCAGUAUAGGGGUGUUCUAUUCAUCACCAUGGCCUUAGACGGGGACAAUCAUAUAUUUCCAUUUGUGUUUGACAUCGGGGAAUCAGAGAACAAGAACAGCUGGAAUUGGUUCCUUAACUACCCCAACCAUACGUUAGGGUUUCUUUCGGGUCGUGUGAUAAUAUCCGACCGACACAAAGGUUUAAUGAAAGAGGUUCCUCAAGUCUUCCCAUAUGCAAUCCAUGGCUACUACGCGUACCAUAUCUAUAGAAACUUGGUGGACACCUUUAAAGACAAGUCAUUGGAGAUGUACUACUGGCGGGCUGUGGAGACAUGUAGAAUGGUUGAAUUUGAAAAGUUAAUACAUGAUAUUGAAAUGGCCAAUCCCCCAGUUCAUGCAUGGUUAAGAGAAAUCGGGUACGAAAAAUGGGCGUCUUCACACUUUACAGGUAAAAGAUUCAACCUGGUCACUACAAACAUAGCCGAGUGUGUCAAUUCCCUCUUCAAAGAAGCACGUGAAUACCCCGUUACGAAAUUGAUAGAGGCGGUAAGAUUUAAGAUACAAGAAUUAUUUUACAAGAGAAGAGAAUUUGCAACAUCAUUUGUAAGUCCGUUGACACCAUGGGUGGAGGAACAAUUAAAGGAUCUUGUAUAG